AUGCUCAAUUGCCAAAAUACUUCGGAAAAUGCAAUUUGCAUAUAUACAAACGGUUCCAAACUCGAUGGAGGAGUUAGAUGCGUUGCUGUAAUAAAAUGUAACGAUGAAGUUUUACAAACAUGGAAAGGGCACUUAGAAUCAGGAAAUACGGUAUUUCAAGCUGAAGUGGCUGCAAUUAGGCAGGCCAUCGAAGUGACGGAACAAUUUGAUGGGCACACAUUCCGCAUCUUCACAGACAGCCAUUCUGCUAGUUAUGCAAUCCGUAAUCCCUACUAUUCCUCUACUCAGAUAGCUGAUAUCCAGGCUUUGCUUAGAGAGAGCGAGACUCGAAUGACUAUUCACAUCUCCUGGAUAAAGGCACAUGCUGAAUACCAGGGGAAUGAAGAAGCCGAUGAACUCGACAAAGAAGCAGAAAGAAACAUUAUUACUCAGCCUGUGCCCAUUCUACUACCUAGAUCUCAUCUCAAGAGACAGAUCUGGGAGAAGGCAUUAAAACAAUGGCAAGAGGAAUGGGAUGCAGCCAGCUCCUCAAGGUAG